ACAAAAAAAAAAGUCUCCGGUGGUAAAGUUAGUAAAAUGUUAUGGUGGAAACACCUUGAAUGUGUUCAAGCUAACGUAAUUAUGAUAGAGCAAGAAGAACAGAGGCGGGACUACAUCGACAACACCACGGUGACGUUGACGCUCCCUACUAGGGAUCCGGUAUUACAAGAUAAUUUAUUGAUAGCAAAUAUAGACCAAGUGAAAUCGUUGCAAGCUUCCCUCUUUCCUAUAUGCAAUAAAGGAACUUUCAUAUCAAAUUUUCUUCACAAUAACAUCAAAACAAAUCAACUAGAAAUAAAUACCGACAUAAAAACUUUUAAGACAACUGCAAAACUAAGAGAGCCUCGAGAUUUAUUUGCCCUACCCAAAGAGCUCGACUGCCCACAGCAGGCACCGCGAUGGCCAUCAGAAUGUCAAGUUGUAGAAGAAAGGAUACAGCACAUAAUGUGGAGCCCGGCAUCACCUGAGCCUUACUACAUAUCUACGGGAAAGGAGCUGAGGCCUCAACCAGUUGGAGAGGAAGCGGGCACAGUAAUUUUCCAGUACUAUCCAAUGAGUGCUGUCAACUACUUUAGUCGUUCCACAGUCGGUGGGUCCCGUUUAUUUCUUUCGGCGUGUACGAGUGCAGGCGGUGAUGAUGAACUAAGAUUCGAAUCACGUUUUGAAAGCGGAAAUUUGGCGAAAGCAAUUAAAAUAACGUCCGCUUACUAUGAACUUCACCUCCGUACUGAUCUUUAUACGAACAGGCACAUGCAAUGGUUUUAUUUCAAAGUUUCUAAUACGAAAAAGCAAAUGAUGUACAGGUUUUCUAUUGUAAAUUUAUCAAAACCUGAAAGCCUGUACAAUGAAGGCAUGCGACCUUUAUUAUAUUCAACGAAGGACGCUCAGCUACAUUCGAUCGGUUGGAGACGUUGCGGCGAUAACAUCGCAUACUACAAGAAUGACUCAACGUGCGAAGAAGAAGAACAAUAUCCAAGUUACACUUUAACUUUUAACAUAGAGUUCCCCCAUACAGAUGAUGCUGUAUACAUUGCACAUUGUUAUCCAUACACAUAUUCUGAUUUACAAGAAUAUCUAUCGAGGCUGCAAGCACAUCCUGUGAAAUCUAUGUAUUCGAAAUUACGACUCCUAUGUCGCACUUUAGCUGGAAACAACGUUUAUUACUUGACAAUCACUGCUCCACAAAACUGUAACGAAAUGGAACCUAAGAAGAAAAAGGCUGUAAUUAUAACAGCUCGAGUCCAUCCAGGGGAAAGUCCUUCAUCGUGGAUGAUGAAAGGUUUUAUGGACUAUUUGACUGGAGAUACGAAUCAAGCACGAGAACUCAGAGAAAAAUUUAUAUUCAAACUAGUACCUAUGCUAAAUCCUGAUGGAGUCAUCGUCGGCAACAACCGUUGUUCACUAACUGGAAAAGAUCUAAAUAGACAAUAUCGAACUGUCAUAAGGGAAACUUAUCCGCCUGUAUGGCAUACCAAAGUAAUGAUACGAAGGUUACAGGAAGAAUGUGGCGUGGCAAUGUAUGUGGAUUUACAUGCUCAUUCGAGAAAACAUAAUGUAUUUAUAUACGGAUGCGAAAGCAGAAAAAACUCUGACAAGCGUUUGGAGGAGCAAGUUUUCCCUUUGAUGUUACAUAAAAAUGCAGCUGAUAAGUUUUCAUUUGAAAAUUGUAAAUUUAGAAUUCAACGCAGCAAAGAAGGAACAGCGAGAGUUGUUAUUUGGAUGUUAGGGGUUGCCAACAGUUACACAAUGGAAGCAUCAUUCGGAGGCUCUGAAUUGGGUAGCAGAAUGUCAACACAUUUCUCUGCCCAAGAUUACGAGAACCUCGGUCGAACAUUUUGCGAAACUUUACUUGAUUUCUACGACGAAGACCCUAGUAAAGAAAGAUUGAGAACGAAAAUAGUUACUCGUUUAUUAAAGGAGGGCUCUAACGCUGAUGAACCAACAAACAUCGAUCUGUCAGAUUAUUCAAGUGACGAAGGCGACACAUCUAGCAGUAGUUCAGAAGCUGGUCCCCCUAGAGAGCGUUCAAGCAAAACACAACUUGCACCACCGCCAUCACCUAUCCUACCCGAAAUCAGCACAGAUAUUAAACCCAGAAAGCAAAGGCUAACACUAGAAAAAAUAAAUCGGAUAGAGAAGAAGAAAACGAAAAGAGAAACUUUACAGGUUUCAAGAGCAACAAUAGACCUAACAUCAGAUGCUAUGACAGAUGCAUCAUCGGAUUGUGAUUCCUUAGAAGAAAAUAUCAGCCCUAUAAGAAGAGUGCGCAAACUGCUAACAAUUUCUGGAAAGCAAAAACCGAGGAGGAAAAAGAAAAUGCCACCAGAACUAAAGAUUUUUCCAGCCCCAACUAGUGAUUCACCAUUCAACUCAGAUCGUGAAAAAAAAUCUACAAAAGGAAGCAGACCAAGAAGUGUAUCACUGAUAAGUGAACCACUUAACAGAACCAAGUUGAAACCUGCUUCAUGGCAUCAAUUCCGCCGUUUGCCACCUCCUAAGUGCUUGUCAGAAAUAAAAAGCAGGAAUAACCCAUCGGAGUUACAGGUGAAAUUGAAUUUGUUAAAGAAAAACAUUUGGACUGGUGUACAAAAUGAGGAAAAAGGACCUUUGUCUUGGGGAAUUUCCAGUUUUGCCAUGAAUUCAUAUUUUACUGACAGUGAAGCUUUGCUUAGGUCAUGUUCUAAAAAGUUGGAAGAAUUAGAAGAUGAACGAAAGAAAAGCAAAGACGAAAAAAAGAAAAAGAAACUAAAAUCAAAGAAGAUUUCUGUAAAAGUGCCAAAUUCCGAGGACCUACUGGAACCCAUUAUUAAAACAUCUAAAACAAAUAAGAAAAAGGGAAAGUUAAAAUAUGCCAAAUCAGAAAGCAUAUCACACAUGAACAGCACUAGUUUCACAGACAUACCUAGGAAUACUCAACCACAAAAUAGGCAAGCCAAAUCAGUCUUCAGAAAAAGUGCAUUUGUGGCAACUGCAAUCCAAACUAAGAAAUCAAAUCGAAAAACCAAUAACACAAUAAUAUCGGAAAACUCUGAUUCGGAUGCAUCCAUUCAAAUUACUAAAAAAGUUAAGAAAAAGACAAAAGCAACCAGAAACAAACAACAAAAAGCAGCCACUGAAACUAGACACAAAGUUUGA